UCAUAACUUGCACUAAAUUAUCAAGCAAGUUCCUAUUAUAAUAGGAAGUGUUUGCUCAACAUCACAUUUUUUUAUACAGAUGUCUUAACUUUCAAAAUAAGAUUCUUAUCUGAUUGAGUAAUCAGAAAACAGACUGUAGAAAUAUGGAUCAGCUCAUCAGAGGCUACAUCCACACCUUCUACAGUGACAGCAGAAUCAUGUUCUCUCUCAGUGUCCUCCUACUUACUUUGGUGCUUCUGAACUCCAGAUUGCUGAUAUCUGCAGAGACUGUAGUUACAUGUGAUGGCUUUGUCCAGUCUCUCAGUUGUGAUACUGGUGUGAUCAGUGUACAAUCAGCAACAUAUGGUCGCACAAGCAGCCAAAUUUGCAGCGCUGGACGACCACGAAGUCAAAUAUCUAAUACUUGGUGUUCAAAAAAUGUCCCUGUGAUCUUUAAACGGUGUAAUGGACUGAGAACGUGUGAGUUUAAAGCUCAAGGACUCGCCAGACCAGAUCCAUGUUUUGGCACCUACAAGUACUACACUACCAACUACAUUUGCAUCACAGCAGAAACAAGUGUGACUUGUGAUCGUGGAUACGGUUAUUUGAAAUGUGAACAUGGUAAGAUACAGAUAAAUACUGCAAACUAUGGACGUACAGAUAAAACCACCUGCUCUCAAGGACGUCCAUCUCAACAGCUCCAAAACACCAACUGCUUUUCACCCAAUGCACUGGAUUUUGUGUCGAAAAGCUGCAAUGGCCUAGACACUUGUAAGGUGUAUGCAAAACGUACGGGCCUUACUGAUCCCUGCUUUGGCACAUACAAGUACCUUGCAAUCUCUUAUUCUUGCCUCCAUCAUAAAAUUUGAUCCUCAGGCGAGGAUUAAUUAAUCCACUGGAUAAAGUGUCUGGACUGGGAGCGCUUGACUGAACUCUUCUGUCAUCCUCCCAGCCAUCAGUCCAGUUGGUGUGGGCAAUGGGAGCCCCGUUUUCUCCAGAAUUUUGUGUUGUCUUGUUUUGAUGUUAUAAUCUGAAGUUUCUAAUAAACUUCAUUCCUUUUUUGGCACAGAA